UGAACUGAGAGACAAGAGACCUACCCCCUCAGUGCUGUUGUCUCUUUGGAAAAUAAAUAAGAACGGGAGUCUAAAACCCUCUCUGUGUUUUGACCCACCGAAAAGCAACUUCCUUCUUCUCUACGACAGAAAAUGGCAAUCUGUUUUCUUUCUCCUUUGAAACCCAUAACCCCAACAACUUCCUUGACAACAAGCCUUAAUCCUAAAAAACCAAACAUCCUUCGCUGUAACUUUGCUCUGCCAAUCAUCACAACCACCGAACCUGAACCCGUUUUCACCUCCGUUAGAUCCUUCGCACCUGCCACCGUCGCCAAUCUUGGCCCUGGCUUCGAUUUCCUCGGAUGCGCCGUUGAUGGCCUCGGCGACUUCGUCUCUCUCCGUGUCGACCCCUCGGUCCACCCCGGCGAGCUCUCCAUCUCCGAUAUUUCAGGCACAAAAAGUCUCUCCAAAAACCCUCUCAACAACUGUGCUGGCAUCGCCGCCAUUGCAACCAUGAAGAUGCUCAACAUUCGCUCUGUGGGUCUCUCUCUUUCCCUUGAAAAGGGCCUUCCUUUAGGAUCCGGACUCGGAUCCAGCGCUGCCAGUGCUGCUGCGGCUGCUGUGGCGGUGAAUGAGCUGUUUGGAAGGAAAUUGGAGGUGAAAGAUCUGGUAUUGGCUGGAUUGGAAUCUGAAGCUAAAGUUUCAGGUUACCAUGCUGAUAAUAUAGCACCAGCAAUAAUGGGUGGUUUUGUUUUGAUUAGAAGUUAUGAUCCAUUAGAGUUAAUGAGUUUACAAUUCCCCGUUGAAAAGGACUUGAUCUUUGUGCUUGUUAGUCCUGAUUUUGAAGCCCCAACUAAGAAAAUGAGGGCUGCAUUGCCUGCUGAAGUAGGGAUGUCACACCACGUGUGGAAUUGUAGUCAAGCUGGGGCUUUAGUGGCUUCAGUGCUGCAAGGGAAUUUGGUGGGGUUAGGGAAGGCACUGUCAAGUGACAAAAUUGUGGAGCCUAGAAGGGCUCCUCUGAUUCCUGGUAUGGAAGGGGUUAAGAAGGCGGCUCUGGAGGCAGGGGCUUUUGGAUGUACCAUUAGUGGGGCAGGACCGACAGCGGUGGCAGUGGUGGAUAGUGAGGAUAGAGGGGUGGAAGUUGGGGAGAGAAUGGCGGAGGCUUUUUGGAAAGAAGGGAAAUUGAAGGCUGUCGCUAUGGUUAAGAGGCUGGAUAGAGUUGGUGCUAGACUAGUUGGUAGUGUUCCUAGAUGAUGCUGGUUUUGAUCUGGUGUGAGAUAAUAAGUUCAAACAGCAGUAAAUACCCAGUCACCAGGCCAAAAAGUAGAGGGGACAGCUUUUUUGGUUUUGUUUUGCUUCAGUGUUAAACUGUUAUUGAAUGCAGCUGCUUUAAUGAAUAAACCUCACAUGUUUUUGCUCUCUUCUAUGUCAAA